CGGUCUCAACCAAACAGAAGAGCAAUAGACCAGCACCGCUAUCAUACAUUUAUUUUGAAGUCACGUUUUUGAUUACUAACAUCAACUUUAUUUGUUUUGACAGUGUGCACAUCCUGCACAGACUUAUUCUGCACUACCUGACAGUAUCGUUUCGUUUUGUUCCGGUUCUUGAUCUGGUGCUAAAUCAGCAGCUAUGGAUUUGGUGUGGCUGGUAUGUUUGGCAGUGAGCUUCGGAACCUGGUUCGCCUCUGCAGAGAGACACAGCGUCUUCUGGAAUAGCACAAACCCAAAGUAAGUGUUGUUUUUAAUCUCUUUCUCUAUCUAUCUCGCUCUCUGUAUCCCUAUCUCUCUCUCUCUGUGUGUGUGUGUGUGUGUGUGUGUUUACGCGCGCGCGUUGUGCGUAUUUUGGUGUAGCACACAUUAAACGAGUGUGUGAUUUGUGUGUUUACGCGCACCUAGUGCUCAACUCACUUUGAGAAUGCUUAUCUGACACUAUACUAGGCCUACUCAAAUACACUUUCUGUUAUGGGAUAAAUACUGUUUGUGUGUCAUCCACUCAAUGGAUAGCCUACGCGCUGAAUUUCCUCGAUUCUUUAUCAGACAUCACACCCCACUGGGCACACACGGCCUGGUUGAAUCAACGUUGAUUGCACUUCAUUUCAAUGAAAUGAUGUUGAACCUAUGUGGAAUUGACGUUGAAUUGACCUCUGUCCAGUGGGACUCAAUUUGAUGACAUCUGGAUUUUGGUAUUGCUUUUAUUUCUUACACUUGUAGGCUAUUAGUUGUAGGCUGUGUGCCUUUUUUUAUUAGCUGUCCGGUUGCCCCUUUAACCAGGUAACAGGAUUGAAAUUAGGUUAUGGUAGGCCAGUUGCCACCAGGGCAUAAACAGAGACAGAGGUGGAGAUUGGGAUCGAAUUCUGAGACGGCUUAACAGACAGAAUCAACCCUAUAUAUAACCCCGAUACACACAGACACCCUCACACAGCAUAGCAUAAAAAUAAAUAGACUGACAUGAACCAACUCGACCUGAGUGUCUGAAUACAGGCUAUAUGUCUGUCUGUGUUUCACUCUAUUGGUACUGCUGACAGUCUGACAUUUCAGAUCUCCAAAAGUUGGUGUGUGUGUGUGUGUGUGUGUGAUGUCCAAUGCUGAUUGUUUUGUUUUGGGGUCAGAAAUUGUAACGCUACCCAGCCACUCAGUGGGAUCAAUGGAGCUUGACAUGCGUUUGAGAGGCUGUGUGAUUUAUUGAGCUUUUCGCCCAGAACUGAAGAUGGCGAGAAAGAAGGAUGGAUUAUUUUAUAGAGAAAAUGGAAAGCAAAGACUGAGGGGUCACGGUUUCAGCCGACUCUGGUCGAUAUUAUUGUACCUUCUUAUCGCAAGGUCAAAAUACAUUACGACCUUUUUGUGUUGCCUUAAUUACAUCUGCACUUUCUCUCAGUAGCUUAAUUCUCCUUAGGCCAAUGAUGACGACAGAGCUACAUUAGAUUUUGUCCGAAAUGGGAAAGACAUGGUUUUGUAAUAAUUGAUUUAAUGAUGUUAACACCGGAAAGUUUUGUUGACUAGUCAUACCGUCGGUGACGUAAUGGGUUUUUGUCGUGUGCUUCACCUGUUUCGCGCGCAUGUCUGACUUUACCUGGGUUUGUCGGUAUGACAUCACCGAGAAGGUGGCUCGAGCACAAGGAACAUGACUUCUGUUGAUCAGGUGAUAUGAGGAGGAAGAGAAGGAUCUGAACUCUUUUUAGGCCAUAAUGAGAUAAGAAAGAGGUUAUAGAGGAGAAAUCAGAGCUUCAGAGUUUCGGGUCAAGUGAGAAUUGCUAUAAAGGCCAGAGAAAUACAAAGUGAACAGAAAGAACACUUGAUUGAGGGGCAGUGGUCUGAGUCAAAGUGUUUUUGGGCAUAUUAUGUGUGUUCUUUUAAACCGGCUCUGGACUACAUUCCCACUCUAACUUGCGUUGCAUAACAACAACAAGAAAAAUCAUAAUGUAACACACUAAUCCUUUUCAUGGCAGACUAAAGAUAGACUAGCACACAGACACACACACACAUAACCAGACAUAGAAAUAUGUUCACACGUCAAACAAGCAUGUUCAGACACACUGUCUCACAUACACAUUGACACAGUCACACACAACAAAAACAAACUACAUGGAAACUCGCCAUGCCAGUUUGAUGUGGGAGCAGUGAUGCGCUCCGUGUCCAAUGGUGCAAAAGAGUGUUUACUAAAGACCGAUAGGCUCACACUGAUAACUAUUACUCAUGAUACAAUCUCUACUCACACAUUCUGUACUGCAUGUCUCACACACACACACACAUACACACACAUUGGUUUUUCCCAGAAGUCUUUAUCUAAAGUCUCUGAAAACCUCCAACUGGAACUCAGUGAAUGUGGUUAUCAGAAGGAGAAUAAUCCCUGUUAAAAUGAAAACUUAAUCCAAGUCUGGCCCAUACCCACCCGCUAUUUUUACCAAAUUUUUACUGUAUAAUCUCUCUUCCUCCUCUUUAAUCCCUCAUUUUCAGAGUUUCCUUCUUUCUUUUUCAACCACUUUUUUUUCCAACUCUCUUGCUAUCUCUCUUGCUAUCUCUCUUUCUAUCUCUCUUUCUCUCUGGGCAGUUUUCAGUCUUCUUUCAGCCUGAAAGCCCAAUCUGGUCCCUCAACUGUCGUCCCACUUUACACUGUCUCAACCACCUGAUUCACUCCCAUGUGAUCAAUCUGUCAGUCAGACAGACAGCCAGUGAAUCAGUGAGUCUAAUUGAUUCCUGGCUGAUUGAUCUAAAGCGAUCAGGUGAAAACUGAUGUGUACUGACUGACUCCAGAUGGUAACACACAGAUCGCUCAGUGUGUGUGUGUACAGUUGUCAGUCUCCGACCUGACCGUUGUAGAAACGGGUUUUUCGCAGUCUGUUCCAACCUUGUUUUAUAGACUACUGUGUGUGUGAGAGAGACAGGGCUUGUUUCGACCUGAUCCAACAGCUUAAUCAUUUGUUUUGGCGCAAUGCCUUGUUACUGGAAGUGUUUUUUUGUUUUUGACCGAGUGCGUAGUGUUGCCUGAACUCCAAUGUCAGAGAAAGGGAGGGGCCCUAUACGUAGGCGAUAUUACGGAGCACUGAUAAAUCAGUGACUCACGCACGCACACACACACACACACACACAUACACAUACACACACACUCUCGGGGGCACGAGGGAGGAGUUGGGUGUUAAUAUUAGUAGCAGCCAGCAUUCCACACUGCCCCUGUUACUAUACUCAACUCUGUCAGCUGUGUUCGACCCCCUCCCUCCCUCUUUCCCUCCCUCUGUCUGUACCUGUCGGUUCCUCUCUCCAUCUCCACUCCCUCACUUCUCCACACCAGCUGGGUCUUCUCUAGCUUGUUAUUGCCUGACCAUCUCUCUCUCUCUGUUUCGUUCUUUCUGUUUCCAUGAGUUCAUCCGUCCACCUCUAUCACCUUUUCAUGUUCUCGUCUCCCUUAUAGCUGUAUCUUUCUGAUUCUCUGUCUCCUUUUUGUCUUUCUCUCUCUCUCCCUCUCUCUUUCCCUCUCUCGUGUUGUGUUGUUGAGGUGUUGGGCUUGUCUGAACAGAUAUGUCCUAGAGGAAGAGGUUUAGGGUUGUGGUGGCUGGUGGGGGAAGAGGGAGAGGGUGGUUGUAAAGUUAAAUGUAUGAUUUUCUUCUUUGUUUUAAAUCCCUUCUUUGCUCUGGCUAUAUUCCCCUCCCCUCUCUCUACUCUGAAACCCACCUCUCUCUCUCUCUCCCUCCCCCCUCCCUUCUCUAUAUUCUGAAACCCACCUCUCUCUCUCCCUCCCCCCUCCCUCUAUUCUGAAACCCACCUCUCUCUCUCUCUCCCCUCCCCCCUCCCCUCUCUCUAUUCUGAAACCCACCUCUCUCUCUCUCCCUCCCCCCUCCCCUCUCUCUAUUCUGAAACCCACCUCUCUCUCUCUCCCUCCCCCCUCCCCUCUCUCUAUUCUGAAACCCACCUCUCUCUCUCUCCCUCCCCCCUCCCCUCUCUCUAUUCUGAAACCCACCUCUCUCUCUCUCCCUCCCCCCUCCCCUCCCUCUAUUCUGAAACCCACCUCUCUCUCUCCCUCCCCCCUCCCCUCCCUCUAUUCUGAAACCCACCUCUCUCUCCCCCCUCCCUCCCACCUCAUCUGUUGCUCUGGGUCUCUAAUCCUACAGCAGAAUGAGGGAGAAACACACACACACACACAGAUUACAGACGAUCUGAGCUGUAAUCUGACUAGCUGACCUAUCCACACAAAAAUCCUCAUCGUCUUUCUGCUGCUUUUUAUAUUUAGAAUAGAUGAUAUCCCUGUUAUCGCUCUUGCGUAACAGACGUGGGUGGGUGGGUGUUAGUAAAUCUGAAGCUCCUCAAUGUGUAGAGAACAAUCAGUUAAAGGAGCCAAUAGGAUAGUGGCGUUCAGUCAGCCAGCUACACAGCUUAUAGUUCUGUCCAUUCAAUCACAUCUAGGCCUGUAGCUUGUUUCCUGCUGACAUAACAGCUGUCUUACCUAACACUCUCUCACACACAUAUUAUCGUGGAUGUAACAUAAAACAAAGUUUUACCAUGUUUUUAAAACCCAAAAUACUUCAUUAGCCCCCCCCCUUCUAUCUCAGCUCUUCCUCUCGCCUACUUAUCUAUGGUCCAGACUUCCUCUCUCUCUCCGUCGGUCCCUCUCUUUCUCAAAGACCCUGCUCUGUUUUCCUGAGUAGUUUCCCACACAGAUCACAGCAGCUUGCUGUGUCUCCCCACUGUUAUUGUUUGACUCAAUUCUACAAUACUGAGGACUGCUUUAUCCUCACCUUAUCACGUUGUUUGUGUGUGUGUACAGUAUCUUCAUGUAGCGUUUCAGAGAUGGCUCUCUGUCGCCCCCUAAGCGCCAGUUCCAGUCUCAGCUCAGCUCAGGCCUGACUGACUUCUCUGUUUGAAGCAGCCGGGAUGGAUAUUCCCAACAAGAAUUUUUGCAAUUCAUGACAUGUCAUUUAAAUUCACUUUGAAUUAAUGAAAAUGGUUUUGACCCCAACUGUGUUAUUCUGUAUAAUCCAGAUUGAAGCUAGGGUUAGUUGGAAUACAAUCCUCCUGGUUGAUUGACCUGUGAGUUUAGUUCUCCUCAUUGACCCAAACCAAGCUGCAUAUCUAGCAACCUGCCAACAUGUAGCCAUUUUCUAUUCAUCUGAGGGAGGGAGAUGAUGGGGGGGAUGAAAAGAUGGGGGCAAACACAAAAAGGGGGAUGGAUAGAGGUUAAAAGAGGAAGGGAUUUGUGUUGAAAUUAGGCCGUCAUGAAGAGCUCUGAGCUCUGAUAUGUUAACUUAAGAGAGAGGGAAGAAUAGAGGAGAGAUGGACGGAGGGAGAGGGGGAUGGGUUAAUUUAGAGAGCAUAAAGGAGAGACCGAUGGAGGGAGGAGAAAUGGGACAUUGAUGGAUGGAGGGAGGGGAGAAAUGUGGGAUUGAAUGAGUGAGAAAUGGUUGUGUUGACAUUUUUAAAGGCUCUCCAACCCUGCAAUUCUGAAUCAAGAAUCACACACACCAUAAAUAGGUGGUGGUAGUAAUAAUGUGGAGUCUGGAUGUGAUAAUGGUGGUUGGGACAGAAUGAUUAGCCUCCUGGUAUUCUGAUCUGUUGGAGCGUGACAGACUGAAGAGUAACCUCUUUGGAACUCUCCUCUCGGGAGAGAGAAUGUGGGAGAUUAGAAUAGAGGGUGUUCUAGAGAGGUUCUAAUAGGGUAGUUAGUGUAUAAUACUGUAUUAGUGGAUAAAAGGACUAAAGCCCAGAUUACAACUGACAGCCCUAUAUCCUCUCAGAAUUGAGGUGUGAAUGUGGGAUACCACAGUGAAUUAAUAGGGUAAUAUAUAUGCCUGUGUGUGCAGAUUUUAUAGUCGUAUGGUGUGAGAGCUUUCUAUUCCACGGACUCCCACAAACCCCAAAAGCCUUGUCAUGACAUUCCUCCAGUGUGUUUGUGUUGCUGACUACCUGUGGAGUAUAUGGUGGAAUUGCAUCUGGGUUUUAUUAACAGUGCUGACUCACCUUCAGACCCGCUGAAACUCUCCCUUGCUGAGUCAGUGGGAGUGUGUAUGAGGAUUCUGACCCUGAACUCUAACCCCUGUGACCUGCCUGACAGUUUGUAACAUUCCUCAAAGAACGAGAGGAGGAGGAGACAGACAGAGAGAGAAAGGAGAGCAUUUUCUGUUGUGAUUUUUUUAUAUGGAAAACACACAGAGGACAGAUGGAGGGAUAGUAUGGAGAGAGGAGAGAUAUGCCUAUAAGUAGGGAAAGAAGGGAAGAGGGGUGAGAGGUGAAACUAGAGAGAAGAGAUGUAACAGUAAGAGAUGAGGAAAGGACUUCAAAGCUGUUGAGAAGUUAAUGAGGUGUUAAAUAACUCAUCCAAUCACCCUACUGUCAUAACCAUCUACCAAACACACACACACACACACACACACACACACACACACACACAUGCAUGCACACACUCAAAGCAAACACACACAUAAACACACACACACACACACACACACACACACACACACAUGCAUGCACACACUCAAAGCAAACACACACAUAAACACACACACACACACACACACACACACACACACAUGCAUGCACACACUCAAAGCAAACACACACAUAAACACAUCUGUGAUGCAGUAGCUACAGUAGCAGCUCUAAGAACUGUUCAGUUCAGAUGAGAGGUGAGGGAAGACUACCUUCAACCCUGGCUGUUUACACACACACACACACACACACACACACACACACAGGCUCCGGUCUGCCUGAUAAACAGAUGUGCUCAUGUGCCUGGGGCGUGAGGCGGCCUGGAUUCUGGUCUUCAGAGAACCCCUCUCUCACACACACACACCCCUGCCUCUCUCACACACACGUAGCUAUCACAUUAACGCGACUCUCACUCUCCUGUGAACUGGCAGUCAGAGUAGAAGGACAAAGGAGAGAGAGAGAGACGACGACACUGUUCGGAGGUAUGGAGGGAGGGCGGGAGGGAGGGGAGCUGUGUUCCAGUUGUGAGUCUGGCCCUGUGUCAACUGGCUUCAAUCAACUGGACUUCUCCCAGAUCCCUAGGCUGAGGUGGCAUGCGCACACACACGCAUGCGCACACACACACACGCUCACACAAACCUCCAUUGAUGAUAAGUAAGGCCGUCAACGUUACUGUACAUCUAGCUUCAUCAUGAUUGUUGUAGAAUUGGUAGAGAGUAAAUUAUGGGCAACAUGGACCACGUGCAAAAUGCUGUGAGCCAUAGUAGCUACAACACAGCCUCUCCUUAUCAGGUCUACAUCAGCCUCUACUAGUGAGCAGAGGACACUGAGCACAGCCCUUGGGGGUAGAGGGGGUGAAGGGUGGGGGGCAGACUGGAGUCUAGUCAGCACCAGGGUUUAUGUCUUUUGGGGGGUAAUUACACCCUAUUCAGACCCCCUCCACCCUUUGUGGGGACAGCUUGGCUCCAUACCCAAAUAGCUUUUAAUUAGGUAAGCUUCAGAAGAGCGAGAGAUUUCUGAAAGUGUGAUUGUUUGUAGUGACUGAGAUUAGCAACAGAAUAUGUGUUUUGACAGCUUUAGACAAGAACAUGUUUUUAAGGAGAAGCUGUGGUUAGUGAACAAGGAGAGUGUGUGGGAAUCAAGUGGAUUCCAUUCAGUUAGGAAAGUCUCUUCACUCUGUACUGUAGCAGUGCAGUUCUCUCCUGCCGUUCGUCUCAACCCUGUCAUUACCAGUCUGAGUCAAGUAAAAUAAAUAAGAAAGGAAAACAGAUUUGUUUGUCAAUUAAGUGCUUUAACCGCAGACCGGUGUGUGUGUGCAUGCGAAGGCUAAACCAAAGAUAUCCAUCCUGUUUGAAAUGGCAUUGAUUACAAGUGGUGUGAGAAAGAGGCUAAUUUAGCUAUUAGCCCUGGCAGAUGAGCCUAGGUACGGGCUCUGCUAACAAUACAUGUUAUGACAGGCAAGUUACUCUCUCUAGGUCUCUCUCUCACAAACAGAUGCACACACACACACACACAGUGGCAGGGGGAUUAAGGGGGGUUGGGGACCCACAUGGAGCCAGUGUGUCUCACUUAACAAGGACAACAACAACAGGAGAGAAAGGAAGGAGGGUUGAAAGGAGGGAAGGAGGCAGGAUGGUCACAGAUACCUCCUGUUCUAGGCUUUGAUGCUUGGGCACACACUAACACAACAUAAACAUGUAUGAACUGGGUUCUUCACACUUUAAAGUGGUCCUCCCCAAUUAAAGUGCCACCAGCCGCCUGUGAUACAGACGCUCUGUCUCAUGGCACUGAAAAACAGCUUCUAUCUCAAGGCCAUCAGACUGUUAAAUAGCCAUCACUAGCCAGGUACCACCCGGCUACUCAAUCCUGCACCUUAGAGGCUGCUGCCCUGUAUACAUAGACAUGGAAUCACUGGCCACUUUAAUAAUGGAACACUAGUCACUUUAAUAAUGUUUAUCUACUACUUUACACAUUUCAUAUGUAUAUACUGUAUUCUAUUCUACUGUAUUUAGUCAAUGCCACUCCGACAUUGCUCGUCCUAAUAUUUAUAUAUUUCUUAAUUCUGGUCUUUUACUUUUAGAUUUGUGUGUAUUGAAUUGUUAGAUACUACUGCACUGUUGGAGCUAGGAACACAAGCAUUUCGCUACACCUGCCAUAACAUCUGCUAAAUAUGUGUAUUUGACCAAUAAAAUUUGAUUUGAUUUGAAACAGAGCCACACACCCAGAGUAUGUGGCAGGGUGUUUGUGCUUCAGCCUGUGUGCAUGUCUGUUUUUUAAUUUUUUAUUUAACCUUUUAUUUAACUAGGCAAGUCGGUUAAGAACAAAUUCUUAUUUACAAUGAUAGCCCAGGGCUAACAAGCUCUUACCCACAAACUCAACCUCUCUUCCAGAAAAGUGUGUGUGUACCCUGCCAGCACCACUGACUCCACUCGCCAACACAACUCAUAGUCCCUGUGUGAGCUGAAUCCUAAUAGGCCUGGAGGACAGCUGGAAAGCACUGUUUUACUCAGAUACAGCACUUGAAUGUUUCUUUCAUCUCCCCCUCUAACCUUCCUUCCUACCAGAAAUCAAGUUGAAGUUCCACUGCUCUACACACUGUUCUAGGGUUUCUUUCAUGAGUUGUGUGUGUGAGAGCUGCGUUUGGUGUGUGUUAUAGAGACGUUUGUUCACGUGUAUACCUCACUAGAUUGGAGGGGUUGACUGGAGGGAAGGAGGGUGAAACCACAACAACAACCGUUAAAAUACAGAACCGAGAUGGAGGGAGAGAGUCAUAAAGUCAAGGGAGGGUGAAGAUGGAGGAAGUAGGACGAGACAGAAUUAGAGGGGCAGAGUCACUAGAGGAGGAAAAUGACGGGGGGGGGGUGAAAGAGAGCGAAAGGGAGAGAAAGAGAUGAAAUGACUUGUGCAGACAGAGCAUAUAUAUAGAUAUAGAUAUAGAUGACAGACAGACUGAGACAGAGAGAGAGAACGAAGGAGUAGGAGAAUCUGUCACUCAGAAUCGUGUCUCCAUGAACACAGGUGGCCAGUGAAACUCUACCCUUAAAACAUGAGUGGACGCUCCAGAAAACAGAUGAGAGGGAGAGAGCGCGUUAAAGAGGGAUAGGCAGAAAGCGUGUAGUGGUGUGUUCUUGUCUAAAUAAAUACAUCAAACAAGUUCAGCCAGUGACUCCUGAUUGGCUACUCACUAAUUCUCAUUGUCUGGGUGACAGGUCUACACCAGUCUCACAUCAGGACACUCACGCAAUCACACAUAAGUGCUGCAGGUGCAAAUACACACACACACACACACACACACACUCUCUGUUUGGGCUGAGUCAUAGCAGCUUUUUGUGUUUAUGAUUGUCCUUGAGUGUGUUUAUUAUGAGAGUGUGUGUGUGUGUUUAAGUCGGUUCUUCCAUACGUGUUUGUUCAUGUGAGUGGAACAGCACACACAAACAUGGGCUCAACUCUGUCAUCCGGCAGGUGUCUGGCUGGGAAUGGGCCGUGAUGAUAUUUCAUAAUGUUACAUUUGUUCCUUCGGUCAGUCAGAGAUGACGGUCAGUCAGAGAUGACACAAGGACUGCUAGAUGUAAGGUCAUCUAAACAUAAUAGCCAGCCAUGUCACUAACCUCUCUCCUCCUCUUCUCUCUCUCUCUCUCUAGUUUCCUAUGGGAUGAGUACACAGUGGAGGUGAAAAUCAAUGACUACCUGGACAUUAUCUGUCCUCACUACACACGCGGGGAGCUGCCGUCCCAGGAGGCCGAGCGGUAUGUGCUGUACAUGGUGGAGAGGGAGGACUAUGAGGUGUGUAAGCCCCACUCCUUCGACCAGCUGCGUUGGGAAUGUUCCCGGCCCUUCGCUGCCCACGCCCCCGAGAGGUUCUCCGAGAAGUUCCAACGCUUCACCCCCUUCACCCUGGGCAAGGAGUUCAGACAGGGAGAGAGCUACUACUAUAUCUGUAAGUAUAGCACUACUACAGUACUACUACUCAUUUACUUAUACCACUACUAUCUAUGUGCAGUACUUCUGAAUUAAUACUACCACUUAACUGUACUAUAGACUACUCUAACACAAUGCUUGGGUGUUUGUACUAAACCUCCCUCUCUUCUCCCUCUACAGCCAAGCCGCUGCAUCACCACGGCCAGGAGUGUCUGAGGCUGAAGGUGGACGUGGUUGGACUUCAUGGUGAGCUCACUUCCCUUGUCUCCAUCAACAUGCUAGCAUUAGCCUCUGUUAGCUUUAGCGGGUUUUCCUAUGGUAGCAUUAGCUUCUGUUAGCAUCAGUGGCUAGGCUUAGUUUUCCCCAUAUUCAGUGAUAUUCCCGUUGGGUGUUCAUACGAUGAAGUUCUUACCAAUGUCUUCUUGUCCUCUACAGGCUCUGGGAAGGCCAAAGCUGACAAAGCAAAGGAUGGAGCGAUGGAGAAAGCGAUAGAUGGAGGAAAGGGAAAGAUAGGAGCAGGAGGAGGAGUACACAACCCCUCCAACAGGCUUCCAGCAGGUACGUCUCCCAUCUGUCCAUCCAGAGAGACAGUCAGAUGUACAGCAUUGACUCUGGAUAGUAGAAUUGUUCCACUUGUUUCUGAUAAUAACAUGCGCUCUCUCUCUCUCUCUCUCUCCAGAUGACCCUGCUGUGUUGGAGCCUAAGGUCCAGAAGAGUGUGGGUAGUUCAGGUGUUCAGCUGGUCUCCCUGUCGGUCUUCUUCACCCUGUUCCCAGUCCUACUAUCCCUGUUACUCCACUGAGACUGAGUUACAGACCUAGCUAAAACAGAGACACUGUCAACCCAAUGCUGGACAUUGGCACAGAGAAGAUUUUUAUAGAGAUUUGUAUAUAUGCAACUGGACUUAGCUGCGUGUGUGUGUAUGUGUGUACGUGUGAUUGGAACGUGGAUCGUUCCAGAGACGAGGAUCUUCAAGAGUAUUUUUGCAAUUAUUUUUUUCUACAUAUGUUUUUGCAAAUGAAAGAGGGUGGACGGCUAUUCCCCCUUUUUUUCUCAUGUUCCCUCCAUUUGAUCUGUUUGGACACUUUUGGACACCCCACUAAAUCUGGAACCUAAAUCUACCUGGAAAGUGAUGUACUAAUCAUUAUUAGAAAACUGACAAAGGUAUAACUGUUUUCAUGAUUACCCUGAAUUGUAUUGUAACAGUGAUAUACAAUGAGUGUAAAAAACAUUAUGAACACCUUCCUAAUAUUGAGUU